AUGGAAGAGACAGUAACAUGGGCAAGGAUGUCUUUCAAGCCAAAGAAGUCUAGAGCUCUAAUAAUAAGGAAAGGGAAGAGAGCACACCAAGUCGAACUGAAGGUGCAAGGAGAAGUCAUUCCAUCAAUAAUUGACAAUCCCAUCAAGUGCUUAGGAAAAUGGUAUGAUGACUCUUUAAGUGACAAAAACAAUAUCAAGAGAAUUGAACAACAGGUUUCAGAGGGAAUGACGAACAUCGACAAGACAGGUUUACCAGGGAAAUUAAAGGCAUGGAUAUACCAACAUGGACUCCUUCCAAGGAUAUCAUGGCCACUUAUGCUGUACGAAGUUACAUUGACAACAGUUGAGAAGCUUGAAAGAACCAUCAACAGACAUCUUAGGAAAUGGUUAGGUGUCCCUCUAAGUUUUACAACUGUAGGACUGUACAGCAGAACCGCAAAGUUGCAGCUACCAUUUACAUCUCUAGUGGAAGAAUUCAAAGUUAGUAAAAGCCGCCUUGUGAUGACACUGAAAGAAUCUAGAGAUGAUAAAGUAAGAACAGCAGGUGUCCAAGUAAGAACAGGACGAAAAUGGUCAGCAUCAAAAGCAGUUUCAGAGGCAGAGAGUAGAUUGAGGCAUAAAGAUAUCGUAGGAACAGUGGCAGUAGGACGACAGGGCCUUGGUACAUCAAAAAGUUGCUACUGGAAGAACGCUAACACCCAAGAAAGACGAAGUCUUGUCCAAAGAGAGAUAAAAUCUAGAGAAGAAGAAAACAGACAAGCAAAGACAGUAGAAUUAGGGAGCCAAGGCGCUUGGUCGAGAUGGGAAGUGGAACAACGAUCCCUAACAUGGUCAGAUAUAUGGCGAUAUCCGCAAUACCAACUGCAGUUCCUUCUGAGAUCAGUGUAUGAUGUGUUACCGACACCUUCAAAUCUGCACAGGUGGAAACUUUCAGAAACACCAGACUGUCCCUUGUGCGGAAACAGAGGAACUCUACAACAUGUUCUUUCAGGGUGCAAUAUCGCUCUUACACAGGGGAGAUAUACAUGGCGACACAACCAAGUACUCCGAGAACUCGCUGAAGUGAUAGAGAAACAGAGGAAAGAUGCAAAACACAUUAGAAACAAACCUAUGAAGAUCCAGUUUGUGAAGGAGGGUGAAGUAGGCCAGGAAAAUAAAAAGAUCAUAUCAGGAAUCCUAAAUCAGGCAAGGGAUUGGCAGUUAGAAUUUGAUCUAGGAAAGAAGAUGCAAUUUCCUGAUAGUGUACCAACCAACCUAAGACCAGACAUGGUACUUUGGUCUACAAGCAGUAAAAAGGUAAUAAUCAUAGAGUUGACAGUUCCCUGGGAGGAGAGAUGUGGCGAAGCAAAUGAAAGAAAGAAGGCAAAAUAUGAUGGACUGUUGGCAGAGUGCAGAGAUAUAGGAUGGCAGACAUGGAACUUUCCUGUUGAGGUUGGCUGCAGAGGCUUCCCUGCACAGUCAGUGUGGAGAAUGUUUUCUGCAGUGGGAGUGACUGGCCAGAAUAGAAGAGCAGCAAUCAAGAAACUGGGCCAAGCAGCAGAGAAAGCAUCUUGCUGGAUAUGGAUGAAGAGAGACAGUAGUAGCUGGAAACCCACCACCAAUGCGCAGUGA